AUGUCUUUCCCCAUUAUUGAUGUUUGGGCAAACCCUGUCCUUCCUUUGGACGAGGGCGUCCCUGAGAUCCGCCGCUUAUUCGAACAGUCCCAUGCGGAUACCAGCUUGCUAUCCAAGCGACGGACACCCGAUGAGCUUAUUGCUCUCAUGGACGCUGCCGGUAUUUCAAAGAUAUGCCUCUGUGCAUGGUAUCGGCCAGGACAAGCAGUGUUUUCCAACGAAGAAGUGGCCGGGUUUACUCGCGCCUACCCUGACCGUUUAAUUGGUAUUGCCGGUGUCGACUUACAUAACCCGGUAUCUUACGUGCAGGAAGUCGAACACUACGUGAAAGUCGAAGGGUUCAAAGGCGUCCGCGUGGUUCCAUGGCUAUGGAACUUACCGCCAACUGAUAAGCAUUAUUGGCCGCUCUAUGUCAAGUGUAUUGAACUUAAAAUCCCUUUUGUGCGUACCCAGUUAAGCUGUUCGCUUAGUGACAUUGUUGAUGUUGACUGA